UUUGAUAUUUUUAUACAGCAAAUGAGCAAAUAAAUGUACUUGUCCCCUAGUGAUGAGCGGUAGUUUCAUGGAGUGGGAAUAGGUUAUUUUUUUUUAUUGUUUAAAACACAGGCUAGGAAAUUUCAGUCAUGCUAAGACUUGUUAUUUGAAGCCAAAAAACUGAUAUGACUUUCAGCAUCACAGCACCAUUAAAUCAGAUGGCUAUACCAAUUUUUGCAACACCACCAUCCAGAGAACAUGUAGGAUUAGAUGGAGAACUGUUGUUUGAACAUUUUGUACAAGAAGAGUUAGAACAUGAAGGAUUUUUAAAUCCUAUUCCUAUGGGAGUUGCUGAUCCACCAGCAAAUGAUCUGGAAUCUGAUGAAGUAGUUCAGAAUGAACGAGUAGUAAAUGGUCGUCUCUAUGCUCAAGGAAUGAGGCAAAGAAUGGAACAACCAGUACCUCCUACAUUAGCUGGUGUUCCUGUGGGGUUUAACAAUGAGCAUAUUAUAUCAAUUGGAGGAAAUAUUAGAAGAUUAGCUGAUGAGUUUUCCAGAAGUAGUGCAAGGCGUUCUGUGAUGGAACAGGCUGAGCAGGUCGACAUAAAUACUCUAAGCCAGGAAUUGUUUUUUCAAUUUUUGGAGGAAGUGUUCAGAAAUGGUAUAGACAGAACUCGCCUAGUUGCAGUAUUUUUCUUUUGUUGUGAUAUUUUAAGAAGAUGUUUAAGACAAAACAUGAUGAAUUUGGGUUGGCAACUUUUUACAUGGUCUCGUCAGUUUGUAGUAGACAGAAUAUGUAGUUGGGUUUAUGAACAUGGUGGUUGGGAGAGGCUGUUUGAGAAGUCAUAUGAUGUUAUCAUAAAAAUUGCAACAGUAGCCUUAGCUGUAACAGGUGUUUUGUGUGGUAUUGUAUAUAUAAAGAAGAAUUAUUAGCAAGAACUGUUUUGAAUGUUUUAAGCCACACUGAAAUGAUGCAGUUAUCUUGUGUUAUCAUUGCCUUUUUUUUUUUUUUUUUUUUUUUUUUUUUUUAUGUUAUCAAAAUCAGGCAUUGCCUAGAAUCACAGCUUUUAUAUAAGAACAUGACUUUCAUAGAUCAUUGCAUUCAGUGUUAAUUUAUGUAUAUAAUAUGUUGUGUUGUGUUGUGUGUAUUCAUACAUUGUUAAUUUUGAUAAGAUCUAUUUUAAUUUUCAACUUAGUUCCAAAUGUUUUGUUUUUUGGUUGCUAAGAGUUAUUAGUUAUUUAAAAAAUUACUGUGUUAAAUUAAAAAAAUAUUUAGUACUUAUAUUAAAACUGUAUGUAGGAAACAGUUGUUUUUCUGAUUAAAGUAAUCUUUCUAAAGACUAUCUUAUUUCUUGAAUCUUUUUUAUAUUAAUGGGGGGAAAUGCAUUAUUUUAAAUACACAUUAAAUAUGUAUCAGCUGUGCCUUGCUUAUGACAUUUUGUGCUUGAACUAGUUGUUGUGUUGUGUGUGUUGUGUGUAUUCUUAUUUUUGAAGUUGCUUGUUACUUAAUACAUCCAGUUGAAGUGCUCUUGCUCAAAGCCUUUCUAUUGUAUAUUUGAAUGUACAAAUUUUUUUACAUAUGUGUUACUUAUUUUUAUACAUUUUAAAUGGAGCUAUUUGAACUGGAUUUUAAUACAGCAAAUAAUUCAUGUAGAUGUAUAGUAAGAAUUAUGUCUUGUGAACUUUGUAAUAUGUAUUUUGUUGUAGAUCCAUAAUUUGUAUAAGCAAAUAAAAUUUCUGGUACAAUUA